CCCAAUUUCAAGGAAGCAAGACGAGGAGAGUAGGGUUUUAAAUCUAGCGAUUAGCGAAUAUCCGAUCAAACAGCGGAGAAGAACCAAGAGAAGAAGAAGAAGAAGAAGAAGAAGAAGAAGAAGAAGGCUCAGCAAAAUUCAGAGUCGGAAAGAGGUGUCAGAUUGGCAGAUGUCGUUCCUGUGGGAGAAGAGUCAGACAUGGCGAUGGCUGGUGAGGAGGACGAGGGACUCCAGGCCCUUCUUCUUUGGAUUCGCCACUGUCUGCGGGGUCGUUCCCGGCGUCAUCGGCUAUUGCGUUAUGCAGCUCACUAACUCCCGAAACCCAGAGCUGGAGCUCCGUCUCCGACAGAAAGAACGCCCCGACUCCACCAUGAUGGGCAGAGUUAACCAAGAGAGACUAGCUGAGUACCUCGGGGAGCUGCAAAGGAAAGAGGACACAAAUGACCGAUAUGUAGCUGCUUUGAGAGGAGAGACAUUGACCAGGAAACCUUAUCAGAGAAUUCAGCCAAUGAAUGAGCUGACGAAAGCUGCAGCGAACCAGGAUCAGCAUGUGGGAAAGAUUUAUCAGAAACGGGCUGGCUAGAAUGCUCCUAAUCUUGUUAUGUUGGCUUUCCGCCUACUAGAAUGUGUGGCGUGCCAAAGAAUAGAAGUGAACACGGUCUUUUGUAACGGAUUAUCCUGUGCCCUUAAUAACUGAGGGAUGCUGGCUGGGAUGUUCUCUUGCCGUUUGUUCCUGUUAUGUAAAGAGGAAAGAGAUGACAACUAAAGCAAAAAAUGUUAUGUGCCUUGUUCACUUAUUUAGAUUUAUGAUUCAAAACACAUCCUCAAGUACUCAUUUUUUGCAUAAAGUUUACUAUAAGGCUGUGGAAGUGCCCCCACAAACCUCUCUAUGUUUACAUUGAUAAUGUUGUGCUCUCACAUCCUUUUUUUUUUUUUGGGUAGAAAUCUCUCACAUCCUUCUGCAGCUG